CCUCUCAACUUAGGCAGCCACAGACCCCUCUCUUCAGAGGAUGCUGCAUCUAUAAACGCAACAACACAACAGAGAGAAGUGCACACAGAACAACACAAGCUACGAGAGGAUACCGCUUUCCUACAGUGCUCAUGGAGAGAUCAUCCCCAGUCAGUCAGACUGCCCAAGACAUGUGUCCUGCAAAGAGACGGGAGGAAGAAGUCAACAGGGAGGAUGGGGAACUACAGAUGGAGAAGGGGACUACAGAUGAGGCUUUAUCAGACCAAAAAGCGAUGGCAGGAGAGGCUCUGGACAGGAGGAACAACUGGGAGCAGAGUGUUUACUACGCACUCGGACAAGAGUCUUUUCAUUUCAUCGGUCACGAAAUCAGCAUCCGCGAGUCCCUGGAUGCAUACGGCGCUCUGAUCUGGCCCGGGGCGAUAGCUUUGUGCCACUUCUUGGAGAACAACCAGCAACAAGUGAGUCUCAUGGACAAAGCCGUGCUUGAGAUUGGAGCUGGGACUGGGCUGGUCUCUAUAGUGGCCAGUCUGCUUGGUGCUUGGGUGACGGCGACCGACCUUCCCGACAUCAUGACUAAUCUGACCUUCAACCUCCACCGGAACACCAAGGGCUACUCCCGCUACACCCCUCAGGUGACCGCCCUCUCCUGGGGCCAGGACCUGGACCGAGACUUCCCCUUCCCGCCCUACCACUACGACUACGUCCUCGCGGCUGACGUGGUCUACCACCACGACUGCCUCGAGGAACUGCUGAAAACUAUGCGGCACUUUUGCCGACCUGGAAGUCGAACGACGCUGCUGUGGGCCAACAAGAUCCGCUUCCAGGCGGACCUGAGGUUCACGGAGUGCUUCAAGAGCAGCUUCAACACCACGCUGCUCAGCGAGCUGCCACAGCAGGGCGUUAGGAUAUACAAGGCCACAGCCAAGGAGUGAGAACAGAGCUCUGAGACUAAGAGUUUUCUGGGGUGUUCAGGUUUUGUGUUUCAUUUUUGCAGAUUUUAAUGAAAGUUGAGGAAAGUGUGGGUUUUGAUCUGAGUUUACGUGACAUUCCCGGAUGGUGCUGUAACCGCUGCUAGGGCAGAAAUUAAGUUCCUGACUCAAGUUUCCAUUUGAAUAAGUUUUUUUAUUUGCCAGUGCUUUUUCAGUUCAACAUUUGAUGAUUCUGACUUGUCCAAGUUGUGUUCAAAAAUUUGUUUUUAAAAGUAAACUGAUUUGCUUUAAGCAUUUCUCCUCUAGCCCUAUUAAUCCCACAACAUCUACACUGCAUACACAUUCGUCAAAGGCUAUUCAUAAAAAGUGACCAAUUAAAUAAACCCUUAAGAAAAUAUUUUUUCCAAAAGCAGGAAACUUUGCAUUUCAGGUGCCGUAGCUUUUGGUAAAAUAACAGCUUUAUGUAUUAAAAACUAAGAAAAAAUAAAUAAAAACAAAACACUU